GGAUUAUUGUUCGACACAGUGUGUGGUAUAUAGAUAACGCGGGUUUUUAUACUAUAAGGGUGAGGUCUUAAGUGAGGCACACCUGAGACCUGGGAUGUAGGCUUAUUGGUCCCAGUCUAUUAUUUUCCACGAGGCUACAAAAAUGAAGAUUUUCGUAGUUUUAGUUUUCGCAAGUUUGGCGUUAAGCGUGUCUGCACAGACUGCCUCAUGUAAAGUACCUGUUGUGUGUGGUUCAGGCGGUUCGACGACAUUCGAAUGGCAAAACUGGCCCUCUGCCUCCUCGUCGGCUGAUCCGGUUGCUACUAACCCUACCCUUCCGCCGGUUUCAUCUCCUGAUCCAGGUGUUUCAAAUACUCUGGAAGGACAAACUAUUGCCGAGUUGAGAAACACAAUUGCACUCCUCAGUUCACCUGGAUGGAUGAACGGUUUAUAUGGCUACCAGUACUAUGUAUCCUCUAGUGGUACAUCAGUAAAGAAUACAGACGCCGUGACUCUUUGCCAAGGCAGGGGAGCUAGUCUUGCAACAUUUGGAAUGAGAAAUGCUACAGCUAGAACUUUUAUAGUAGACAAUAUCCUACGACGUUGCUCGGACACUCACGGAUUUUGGAUUGGUCUAAAAAAGUUCGGCACAUCAUGGAUUUGGAAUGACGGUGUGCCAGCUACUGCCACUAAUACAGAUUGGGCCCAAAACCAGCCAGAUGGCCAGAAUAAUGUUUUCUGUGGCGUGGUUGCGAGGUACAUGGGAUACAAGUGGGAUGACGUACCAUGCCAAGGAGCCAACAACGGUGUCUUAUGCGAAAAAUAUAUCGGUGGGGUGUAGGAAUGUAUAAGGAUUUAUGUUGCGGUCAAAUGACGGACUUUUGGAAAAGAUUUUUAACAAAAUAUCUUGGAUUAUAAUAAAAAUGAUUUUAAGUGUU